AACGGAGACACCGUGACGAAAACCGGUAUCAAGUGGUCGAUCGACUCCGUCUAUCCGCCUCGUGAGAAGGACAAGGAGAACGUCCUCGGACGCGUCUCCUUCGCCUUCGUCCCACCCGAACUCAAACCCAUCACCGUCAGCCAGCGAUGGAAGACCGACGACGGCGCGCGCCGGUCGAAAGUCGUGGUGGAGAUCGAGCCGGGCGCACGUGUGCGUGUGAUCGAUGCGCGGAUGUACGCCGACAAGAACGGCGAGGCGUUCGUGAUGACGGACAUCGACCUGGACUUCGACCUCGGGCGCGAAGUUGCAGCCGAAGCGAUGAAGCAGCUGGACGCGAACGGGCUCACGCGCUCGCUGUACAACGUCGUCCCGGUCCCCGAACCGCUCGUGAUGAGCCGCUCACGCGGCGUGGUCGUUUUCGCAUCCAGCGCCACGGAAAGGGCGGUCAUGGUUUCGAGCAGCGACGCGCGAGAACUCCAUCAGCACGGCUUGAGGCGGACGCCGCAAGGCGUGCCAUCGCUGUCAACCGGGCGAUCCGAUCCUUUACUUGAUACUCACAAACAAAGCGGGGCGCGAGAAAACGACGCCGUCCGCGAGGAAGCCGCAGACCGCCUGCGCGACCACGAGCGGACGAUGGACCGGUACUCACGCGGGCACGCCCGAGCGCUCGCCCAGGCGAAGUACCUCCGGUCGAUCGAGGGAGCGGGGCGGUACCAGGCGGAUUUGCUGACGAAGACCGCGACGAAGCUCGAAACGUGCGCCCAGUUGCUGGAGUUUCGCGCGUACUUCACCGAAGACACGAUCAAACUCACGGCGGCGAGGCUCUGCGAGCAGUACAAACUCUGCCCGCUGUGCGCAGCCAGGCGAGCCGGUCGCGGCGUGCGUCGGUACGCGGCGAGAGUGGCGCACGUGAUGAACGAAGCCCCGACGCUCAAGCCGUACCUGGUGACGCUGACGAUGCGCAACCAGGACAACCUCGACGCGGUCUUCGAGCGGUUCAUGGACUGCAAGUCGCGGCUCGUGCAGCGGCGUCGCGACGCGGUGAAGAUCCCGCCGCGCACGCACUCGGUCACGAUGCACUGGGACGGGUUCGUCGGUUCGCUUGAGAUCAAGCGCGGCAAGAACUCGGACGCGUGGCACCCGCAUGUGCACCUGGUUGUUCUGUCGCGCGAAGACUUGGCGACCGAGGACUGCCAGGAGCAGCUGAGCGCCGAGUGGCACGCGAUCACCGGCGACUCGUUCAUCGUGGACGCUCGCCCGUUCGAGCACCCGGACGAUCCGGCGCGUGACCUGGUCGAAGUCCUCAAGUACCCGAUGAAGUUUCAAGGGUUGUCGCUUGCCGACGCCUGGCACGCGCACGACCUGACACGCGGUCGGCGGUUCCUGUUCAGCGGCGGCUCGCUCUGGGGCGUCAAGAUCGAUCUGGUGGACGAAGCGCUCGCCGAGGAUUUGCCGUACGUCGAACUGCUGUACGAGUACCACGAACACGUGGGGACGUACGCGGAGCCGGUGGACCAAGCCGAGAAGUUGCAGGCCGCGAUCGGCGGUGCGUCAUGA